AUGGCGCCCGGUCAUUCGCCACCGUUUCCGACAACAUUUGCACCAUUUCCGCCUCCACAACUCAUUGCAUCACCAUUACCGGCAGCCAUACCCGGCAGAGUUCCACCGCAUCAAUUCGGAGUCGGUCCUUUUCCUCAAUUGUAUGUUUUAUCGUAUCCAAGCCCUCCGGUAUCACCAACCGGUUAUUAUGGACCCGCUCCGACAUCUCACAUAGCCAUCGUUCCACCAGAGUGGAGUCUGGAUUAUCUCGGUCCACCCCCACACGUACCUUCCAAUACUCAACCGCUAAAUCAACCUGGAGUUCAUUCUGCCGUUGCAUAA